AUUUCGAAGCCAGAAAACUAGGCGACGCCUGUGAAAUUGAGCAUUUAUCAGAAAAUACUCGAUAGUAACCACCCACGUUCAUACUAUCAAACCGAAGAUGUCACGCCAAAGCACCCGUCUCGACACAAAGAAAGUGUGAGAAUUUGUGAGGCCGGGUCAAUGCGUCUUGUGUUCUGUGUUCGGGUUCCGUCACAUUCUUGUUGAUUAGUUGCGCGAAAUCGAGAGAACGGAGAAAGUGUAGUUUUGGUUAGUUUCGUUGGCAGCGGCACAAUAAACUGACCCCGCUUGAAAGAUACUAAGCAAGGUUGCCCUAAACGACGACACAGCAAGAGCAGUACAAAACAAGCAUCGCAUAUCAAAGUUAUGAUCAAAAUGAAUAACACGACUACAACAGGUAACGCGUAUGGCGCAUUUUCGUUCGCGGAUCUUACCGGAUCCACAGCUUCCGCAACCGGACAUAACACGGGUGGUCUCCAGCUGGUACAACUGAGCCAGGUGAUGCAAGACCCGAACUCACAGCAACUCUUCAUGCAAAGCCUCCAGCAGCAGCUAACGGGUGGAGCACAGGCAAUACAGGUCAUUCCCAUCGGGGCCCUACCGCAGCAGACGGUUACGCCAACACUGCAGGCCGCUCCUCAGCAGCAGCAGAUCGUUCAAUAUACGCUGGACGGUCAAACCUACCUCUAUCAGACCAUUCCCGCUCCAGAAACCACCUUCCAAAGUGUAAAUCUCCCGAUUGUCCAGUUACCGACCGCUCAGACCCUUGGCACAACCGGAACGGCACCCGCCACCGCCUACGCAAAUCUGCAAGGAGCUGCCGUGACGUUUGCUCCCGUUCAAACGACGACCAUGACACAGGGCAUUCCACAUCAGCUCCAGCAGCAACACCAAACCCACCCGCACCAGAUGGCCACCACCACGAUCGAUGCUAGCUCGCUACAGAACAUUGUUACAACACCGGUCACACUCCAGCCUACGGCGACCGUUGUUGCUCCCGUAACACAACCGACCGCAGUACAGGUUCCCGCGCCCGUAUCAGUGCCCGUUGCGACAGUGACCGUUGCCAGUCCACAGCCGGCGAACAGCGGUGGAAGUACGGCCGGCCCAAGUGGCCUCUCAGAAACGGUAGCGGCCUCCGGUAGCGGCUCAGGUGUAGAGACGGAACAGGAACCGCUCUACGUUAAUGCAAAGCAGUACAAACGUAUUCUCAAACGCCGACAAGCGCGAGCUAAACUGGAAGCUAUGGGGAAAAUACCGAAAGUUAGGCCAAAGUAUCUGCACGAAUCACGCCACCGGCAUGCCAUGAACCGGGUACGGGGUGAAGGUGGUCGCUUCCACUCGAGCGAUAUCAAAUGAAAUCGUGUGCAAUUUAUCGCCAUAUCCAUAGACAAUGGAACCAAACAGCCAGGCAACAUACGAGGAGCCAGUGCCACGUUGCGAAGAUUUCGGCAAUACUGUCUUGUAAAUAGUGUAUCUGAAGUUAAGAUUGCGUACGAGAAAUGCAUGUUUAAGAUGUCUAAUGUACGAAAACGGCAAAAUAAAGAUGAAUUGGAUGUUGCCAA